UCUUAAACACACACACACUCUCUCUCUCACUCUCUCUCUCUCUCUCAUGGAUUCCCUAUGGUUUUCAGAUAUCUGCGGGCACCAUGUUUCUCCCUUUACCAUGUUGGAUUUUGAUCAAUCCUGUCAUAGAAAACAUGGGUUUUCCUUGGAGAACAAGCUUGUUUUUGGUAGAAAACUAUACAAGCAAGCCUUAACAAUCGCCCGAGUCGUGAGUCCAUCGCAACUAGCGAUUGUUCUGUCUCCGGAAAAAGAACCCGUCGACCCGGAUCAGAACCAUGUUGCGUGGACGAGUGUGAAACAAGAACGAUGGGAAGGAGAGCUGGUUGUGCAAGGAGAAAUACCUUUAUGGCUGAAAGGAACGUACCUCAGAAACGGUCCAGGUCUAUGGCAUAUAGAAGAUUACAACUUCCGUCACCUCUUUGACGGCUACGCCACACUAGUGAAGCUCCACUUUGAGGACGGCCGGUUAAUCGCCGGUCACCGCCAAAUCGAAUCGGAAGCCUACAAGGCCGCAAAGAAGAACAAGAAGAUUUGCUUCCGGGAAUUCUCGGAGGUUCCUAAGCAUGAAAACUUCAUGGCCUAUGUCGGGGAUCUAUCAAAGCUCUUAUCUGGGUCAUCUUUAACGGAUAAUGCCAACACCGGCGUCGUGAAGCUCGGGGAUGGACGAGUGGUUUGCCUGACGGAAACUCAAAAAGGGUCCUUGGUUAUCGACCCCAACAGCUUGGAAACACUUGGGAGGUUCGAAUAUAGCGAUAGCCUUGGGGGAUUGAUACACUCGGCUCAUCCUAUAGUGACCGAUGCCGAGUUCUUGACCCUGUUGCCAGAUUUGUUGAAGCCUGGGUACUUAGUGGUCCGUAUGGAGCCAGGGACCAAUGAAAGGAAGGUGAUUGGAAGGGUGAACUGCAGUUGCGGACCAGCUCCAGGUUGGGUCCAUUCAUUUCCUGUGACUCAACACUAUGUUGUGGUGCCUGAAAUGCCAUUGAGGUACUGUGCACAAAAUUUGCUCCGAGCUGAGCCUACUCCUUUGUACAAAUUCCAGUGGCAUCCUCAAUCUAAAGCCUUCCUGCAUGUUAUGUGUAAAGCUAGUGGAAAAGUAGUGACGAGUGUGGAAGUGCCGUUAUUCGUGACCUUUCAUUUCAUCAAUGCAUACGAAGAGGAAGAUGAAGAUGGGAGAGUGACUUCUAUUAUCGCUGAUUGUUGUGAACACCACGCCGACACCUCCAUUUUAGAUCAGCUUAGGCUUAAAAAUCUCCGGUUCUUCAAGGGGGAGGAUGUUCUACCAGAUGCAAGGGUGGGAAGAUUCAAAAUCCCAUUGGAUGGGAGUCGGAAUGGGAAGUUGGAGGCUGCAUUGGAUGCAGAUGAACAUGGAAGAGGCAUGGACAUGUGCAGCAUAAACCCUGCUUAUUUGGGUAAAAAAUAUAGAUACGCUUAUGCUUGUGGAGCUCAACGCCCAUGUCAUUUCCCCAACACCCUCACCAAGCUUGAUUUCGUAGAGAAAAAGGCAAAGAAUUGGUACGAUGAGGGAGCUGUGCCAUCGGAGCCAUUCUUUGUGGCUCGACCAGGUGCCACCGAGGAAGAUGAUGGCGUUGUAAUCUCCCUAAUCAGUGAGAAAAAUGGAGGUGGAUAUGCUUUAUUGUUGGACGGUUCAACAUUCAAAGAAAUUGCAAGAGCAAAGCUCCCUUAUGGUCUACCUUAUGGCUUACAUGGAUGUUGGGUACCCAAGAAAUAAUACCUCUGCUUGGUUUUUUUUAAUGAGUAGCGAUUGUCUUGGUGUUAAUUAAAGAUUUGGACACAUUGUUUGAUCACUCCACCUUUGAUUCAGUGCAUAAAUUUUAUGGAUAUGAUAUUAUUAAAUUAGUGUGAUUUAUGUAUAUAUGUCUAUCUUAAGCAAUUAGCAAGAAAAAAAAGAAAAGCAUAUAUAGUGUAGCAUGCGGAGGAUGAAACCAGAGUGAAUAUUUGGAUUGUAAUAUCAUGAAUUUAUGUAAAGGAAAUUUAGUGUAUUUGUUUUCGAGGAUAUAAAGAGAAGCAAAUUAAGACUGUUUUCAGCCAUUUGUUUCGAUUUUACAUAAAGGCUCAAUUCUACCAAGCGUCCCUAAAUUGUUGCUAAUAUUUAAACUGAAUCUUAAACUUCAAAAUGUUCUAAAUUAGGCAUCAGUGCAUCUGUAUUGUAUCAAUCAAAUCCUUCCGUCAAUGCGGUCAUCACUUUAGGUAUUAAAUAUUAGUUCGAAUCUAAUGUGGAACAUAAUGAAAACACGUUGAUCAAUUUGUAAACAUAAAUGUACUACCAAAAGACGAUGUUGGAUCUGACUUGUUAAACAACUAAAUAGUGCACACAUAUUUUUACAAUUUGAUCAAUGUACUCUAAAUAUUUCACAUAUAGAGCAUAUUUAAGACACAAUAAUAAAAUAAUUUGUGGAGUAAGUUGGAAGAGUAAUUUAAAAUCUGGGUCAUCUU